GCGGUAUGCAUUAAACGACGUGGACUGUAAAACAACGAGAAAUUUAAUUUCACCAUUUCCUUGCUGUAGGAAGUUGUGAGACACAAAAGCUGUUCUCAGCGACCGUUUAGUCAAGCGUGUAGACGUUUCUCGUCUUUUUUCAUGCAGGUUAUGAAAAUGAAUGGUUCGCCAGCUUUAGCCGUUCUUGUCUGCGUCUUUUGUGUGACGUCGGGCCAGCCAGCCGCCGAUGAAAUCACCUCUUUACCGGGUGUGAGCGGAUCGCUUAGUUCCAGGCAGUAUUCCGGCUACCUCAGAGCCUCAGGAACCAUCAAGCUGCAUUAUUGGUUUGUCGAAUCUGAAAGAGACCCUGAGAAUGAUCCCUUAGUGCUGUGGAUGAAUGGAGGCCCUGGAUGUAGCUCAUUGGACGGUUACCUGUCAGAACUCGGACCAUAUCAGGUAAAUGAUGACGGGAUGACUUUGCGAGCCAAUAAAUACAGCUGGAAUCAGGUGGCAAACGUCAUCUUCCUUGAGGCUCCAGCGGGUGUGGGCUUUUCCUAUUCAGAUGACAAAAAUUACACCACAAACGAUGAUGAGACUGCUGAAAACAACUACCUUGCCCUUCUUGAUUUCUUCAAGAAAUUCCCCAACAUGGCCAACAAGCCAUUCUUCAUAACUGGAGAGAGCUAUGGAGGCAUAUAUGUGCCCACUUUAUCUGUCAGAGUCAUGGCCAAUGCGUCAAUCAAUUUCAAGGGUUUUGCCAUCGGUAAUGGCCUUCUUGACACCUAUCUGAACACGGAAACAGCUGUGUACUAUGCCUACUACCAUGGCAUUAUUGGUGAAGACAUAUGGGCGAAGUUACAGAAGUACUGCUGUACCAACGGCAGUUGCAGCUUUGUAACACCACCAAAUAAGCAGUGCUCCCUUGCUUUGAUGGAAACCCAGGACUUCACCAUGAAUAAAGGUCUCAAUCCAUACGAUGUUACUGGUGACUGUGCUGGGGGUGUCCCAUCAGACAGCUUCAAGGAAAGAACUCGCCAAGUCUUGUCAUAUUUCUUUGAGCCACCUCAUCCCAAACAGCCACUGAAGAACAAAGUAUCAGGGUCAUUAGAUAGCAACAACAUCAUCCCCUGCAUCAACACCACUGCAGAGAAUAAUUACUUGAAUCGUCCUGAAGUCCGGAAGGCACUCCAUAUUCCUGACGUUGUGCCCAAGUGGAAAGUCUGCAGUGUUCUUGACUACCAUCGAGUAUACAACAGCAUGCGGGCCCAGUUCAAUGCCCUUCUCCCAAAGCACCGAGGCCUGGUGUACAACGGUGACGCAGACAUCAUGUGCAACUUUUUGGGCGACCAGAAGUUUGUGGCCUCCCUGAAACGGACGGAGAGGGGUGAGCGGAGGCCCUGGAUUUACAACCAACAGGUGGCCGGGUUCGUCAAGGACUAUGACCAAGUCACAUUCAUGACAGUGAAGGCUGCCGGGCACAUGGUGCCCAGCUUCAAGCCCGGGGCUUCUCUGCAGAUGAUCACUAACUUCUUGAGCAACCAGCCACAGUAAUUGAUAAGUCUUCCAAAUUCCUGCUGAAGACAUAUGGUACAUACAUGAUAAAUAACAAGCAGAUAUAUAUAGGCCUUCCAUGUACUCAUUUGAAGCAAGCAUGAAUGGAAACUUCUGCAGUUGAAAUUUGGGGUUGUCGUGAGAAAAUUAGAACAAUAUGUCAGUACUUAUUAAAGUCCUUGGGGGGGAGGUGCUUGGCUCAAGAAGAAUUUAGAAGUGUUAUACUGGCAUUGGACUUUAUACUUGGGAAUUCAAUUUUCCAUUUUACAUCAGAGGGUGAGGUUAAAACCCUGUAUCCCAAAGGCGUCUUUCAAUGAAAAUCUGAAAUGUUAAUAGACUUUUAUUCUUCUUAAAUUUUGUAAAAUGGAUCCACAACUUGGUUCUGAAUUACAUACGUAUAUACAAAGUGGUGUUUCACUAUUUCUGCAGUGAUUGUACAUUCUGACUAAAGGUAACAAUAUUUAGGAUAAUCAGAUUGCUGCAUAAAGGAUCCACUAUCAUUGCAUAGAUUGUUAUAAAAGUAAGAGUGCUUAAAUUAUUACAGCAUGGCCUGAAAUUACUACUUUUUUAUCCUGACGUAUUUUUGCCACAGAGGACCCUGCGCAUUGGAUUAUUUUAGCCUGGAAAAAGUAGUUUUUCUGAGUCUUUUCAUUCUGUGUUGCAAAAUUAGUUGUGAGUUGGAGGUAGCUUUGUCCAAAGGAAAUGUCUGAAUUAUUUAUGUAGAAAGCUGAAAUGUGCUAGUGAAACUAACGAUAGAGAUCUUUAACUUGAAAUUUUCUUGAAAUAUUUGAGGACCAUGAAAUCUUUAAAAUCCAACAUUUUAUCAAUUACUACAAGUUUCCAUUACAGGCUGUAUUGUUGGAAAAUUUGUAUUUGUCAACAAAAUGUUCUUCCAAAAUGAUGAAAAUAAAUACCCAACAUGAAAUAGUUUAUCAAUGUUAGACUUGUACAAAAACAUUCUAUCUCAUAGGAAGGCAUAUUUUCUUGGAAUCUUUAACCCAUGUCUCACAUUUCAAAAUAUGCUCUCUCGGUUUGAGAAGUAUCAAGUGUGAAUGCCCAGUAAAAUGCCUAACCACGGAUCUCUGAGGUACAUAAAUAUAAAUUAUCAAUGUAUUUGCUAACUCUGUUUGUAUGUGACAUCUGAACGAGAAAGAAUGAUCUGUAUUUGCACUUCCUCAUUCAGUUGUUUCAAUCUUUUAUUUAAAACUGGGUCUAGUGAUGCACAUGCAUGCUUGGUCUAUGAUAGAUUGUCACAUUGUAUGAAAGGUAUAUGAGAGGUAAAGCAAUCCACCACUUGGUGUACUCAGUUUAAAACCCUGCCAACAUUUGACAAUAGCAAGAGAUACUUCACCACACCGUUCAGCUGUGACAUCAAGUCUGGCAACAUUUAAAGACUUCACCCUACAGGUAACAAGGAUGCCUAGAGUUUUAGGUUUCCAUAUCACUGUAUUCCUUUUCUUCCUGUGCACCCUGCUUUUGUGCAUUUUCCAGUAAUAUUUUACAACCAACUUCUUGCUGUGAAAUGGUCUUAAACCCUGGUUUUUUUUAGGAAAGCACUUUACAAACGGUACAUGUACAUGUGAGGUUUUGUGGGCUAUGCAUGGUCACAGGUAUUGAAGAGAGACUCAGUCACAUGAAUACCCAAUUAUCAUCCUGAGGUUAGGCAGCUGGACAAAUCUAUUUAUUAUUAUCAUUGAUAAACUGCACAUUUUCAGAUGAAAGUUAUUAAUGUGCAAUCUAUGCCACAUUCCCAUGUGUAGAUUUGUCAACAUUGGUCUUGUUUCUCAUAUGUGUCUCUAUCCACAUUCACUGAAGCAUUUUCAAUAAGUGAAGGUGUUGAAACCUACAUGUAUGUUGUAGUGCAGUACAAUAAUGCCAUUUCUUUACCAUUGUUUACAGUGGCUAUAGUUUAACUCUCGGAUCAGUCCAUAUGUCACAUGUACAUAUAUCAUAUGUAUAUGUUUUUGGAGAGGUAAAAGAAGACUGCAGCUUUUUUCUUUGCACAAGUUUUGGUGUAAUUGUAUUACUCAGGUGUGAAAAGCUCCUUGAUUAUGUUGGAGAAUUAAAGGAUUCAGAUACACACUAUCAUGCGGUUAUGUACUACAUGUGUGUGUGGAAUUUUAGCGAUAACAAUUUUAUGCUGAAGGUUUUUUUCUGUACUCAGGUUUUGGUGUGAUUGUGUAAAUCUUGCAUAUGUGUGAGGCGUUUAAGUAACAGAAUUGAAUAAUUUAGAUACAUAUUAAUGUUUUAUUUCCAAAAACAUUCUUUUCACGCUUUUUUACCAACCUAGGACAAAUUUAUAUUCUAGAUGUUUUCCAUUGUACAAUAGAAAUGUGCAAUUAAAUGAAGUUAAUCUAGCUGAUAGCCAAAGUUACACAGAAAUUGUUUCAGAGAAAAAUUCAUUGCAGCUACACUUUAACUAUGUGGACUAAAUGUGCAUUAAUUGUACUAAAAUUGACACAAGUUGGAGCUAACUAUGAUUGUUGCUGAAUAAAAAUACAAUUGGACCCAAAAGCAGGACAAGCGGAGUCCUUCUAAUUAUGUACAGUAUGUUGAGUUUGUAAAUAUGCAAGACCAUUGUGCACCUUGUCAACUAUGCAUAGGGCCCAAUACUUUGGCUCAUUGCGACCAGGGGGAGUGGAAAACAUUCAAAAACACUUGAAAUUGUUUGUGAAAAAGGUAUCGUGUAGGUGGAUUUCUGUUCCAUUUCAUCAACUGGCACUUGGCCACUUUUCGACGUGAUUGUGAACUCUCCUUGUGUUGAAGCUCCCAGACAUUCGUCAGUUUGAUUGUUCAACAUUCUGACACACCGACCAGACCUUCAACAGUACAGGUCACAUGCUAAUGCUAUAUGAUGAAUGUAUCUUGUGCUGGAUGCUGAUGACAUGUCUUGCCCGUGUGAUUAUCACAGGAUGAUAUUCUUAAAAAAUAGAAAAGGAAGAACAUAGUACAAAAACCAGUGUAUGAAGACCAUGCAGGCAUUGUUAUACAUACAUGUAUACACCAUAUCGUUUUGUUGCUGCGGUAGUCAAUUCUUGGGGAGGGUAAUGCUGUACAUUAACAGAUGCUAGAAUCUAGACAUGUGCAAUGUA